CUUCUCAUAAGACACCUGUACUGGUUUAUCCAGGAAGCAGACCCAAAAGUGACUCGAUCAGUUCAAGCUUUCUUCACAAUCGAGUUAAAAUAAAUUAGUAUAAACUAAUAUUGCUAAAGUUUUACUUUUCCAAUUUGUCUGUUAGUGACUAUCUAAUUAUGUCACUGUUUUAUGUGGUUGUGAGCAUUUUUUAUUGUAUAUGUAUUAAUAAUAACUGCUUUUAAAUCUUAGACCAGCACACAAUUAAUGGGAGUGAAGAAUGUGCCUAAAGCCGACUCAACCCAUAUUUGCCAGGCCAUUACAAGUCUUAUGACUGAACGUUAUGAAGACAGCUGGAGAAGUAAAGUAGUUGCUGUGGGAUGUGACGGUGCUUCGGUGUUGUUAGGCAGUAAAAAUGGAGUGGUGCAGAAACUUAGAGAGGAACUUGACAACCCCUAUAUCCAUGCUAUUCACUGUUCAGCUCACAGGUUAGAACUGGCAUACAAGGAUGCAGUGAAGAAAUUAUCAACAGCUACCCAUCAGAAAUGUGAAGCUCUUCUUUUGAACCUGUAUCUUUUUUACAAGUACAGUUCCCUUAAUAGAGCCAAUUUGAUGUUGUCUUACAACAGCUUGGGUAUUAAAUCUAAAGUACCAACCAGAGUAGGAGGAACAAGAUGGCUACCUCAUACUAAGCUUGCUCUCACAAACCUAUCGUAUGGUUAUGAUGCUAUUGUUCAGCACCUGGAGCAGCUACAAAAUCCAGGUGAUGCUGCUUCUAGAAAGGAUUCAGCAGCCAAGGCCAAAUCUUUCUUGAAACUCCUUACUGAUAAGAACAUGCAACUCUGGUUUCCCUUUCUGCUGGAUGUUGUGGUGUGUCUGAGUAUGGCAUCAGAAGCAAUACAAAAAGAGAACUCAACUCUUGCCGACAUUUGGAAUGAACUUGAAUCUGCAAAAACUAUUCUCCAGAAGUAUAAAAGAAGUUGAUUUUGGAGACAGUGCUAUUGCUGACAGUGUUAAAGUCUGUGAACCUGCAUUGAAGAGAGCAGUUCCAGACAUAGAUGUUGAAGCCAUAGAACCCGAGUGGUCAAGACUGAAAACAGAGGUGUAUAACAGUAAGAAAAAAAUCCAGUCUUUGACUUGGUCUCAACUGUAUGAUACAAUGAGCUCGAAGUAUUCAAAUCUGCUUACAUUGGUCACAUAUUUGCUGUGCCUGCCAUCCAGCUAUGUUGAUGCAGAAAGAGGAUU